AUCACCACCACUCAACGUUAAAAAAAAUUCAAAUCAAUUUGAAUUUGAAAAUUUCUAUCCGUUAUGAUUAGAUUCCUAUAAAACCAGAGUAAAGUUAAACCUUUUUCUCCUCACAUCUCAUUCCUUCCUUCACCAAAACAAACCCUAAUCAUCUCUCUCAAUAUCUCUAUACCUUCAAUCUCUCUCUAAUGGCGGAAACAGCAGUAGAAACCUUCACUGAAACGAACAUCAAUGUCGCUAAAUCAAAGAAGAAAGUAGCAAGCAAGAAAGCUUUGAAACCAAAGAAAGUAUCCGAUAAUGAAGCUAAUAUCUUAGCAGGAAUUGCUGCUUCACCAUUAUCAGGAUCUGUUCUUGGUAAAGAAAACGAAGAAACCCUUUUGCUCUCAGGAAAGAAAAUCAAGAAAGCUUCUUCAAAAGUUAAGAAUAGUACUGAGAAAUCAUUUGAGAAAGAGUUGGAAAUAUUGAAAGCAAAGUUUGAUCAGAUGAAGCUGGAAAAGGAGAAAACUGAAGAGAUCUUGAAAGAUCGUGAUGAGAUGUUGAAACUGAAAGAAGAGGAACUGGAGAUUAAAGGGAAAGAACAGCAGAAACUUCAAGUUGAGUUGAAGAAGUUGCAGAAAUUGAAGGAAUUUAAUCCUACUGUGAGUCUUCCAUUGGUUCAAUCUCUAAGAGAGAAAGAAGCAGAAAAGAAUGAAAAGAAGAAGAAAAAGAAGAAGAAGAACCCAGAGAUGAAGAAACCAUCAUCUGCUUAUGUUUUAUGGUGCAAAGAUGAAUGGGCUGAGGUUAAAAAAGAGAACCCAGAUGCUGAAUUCAAAGAAAUAUCAAACAUAUUAGGAUCCAAAUGGAAGAAUGUAACUGAAGAAGAGAAAAAACCAUAUGAGGAGAAAUACCAAGCUGAUAGAGAAGCUUAUUUGCAGAUUGUUGGCAAAGAGAAGCGCGAGAACGAGGCGAUGAAGCUCCUUGAAGAGGAUCAGAAACAGAAAACUGCAAUGGAAUUGCUUGAACAGUAUCUGCAGUUCAAGCAAGAAGGUGCAGCAGAAGUCAAGGAUGGCAAGAAAAAGAAGAAGGAGCAAGAUCCAUUGAAGCCGAAAAGGCCAUUGACAGCAUUCUUCUUGUUCUCCAAAGAAGUGAGGGCUAAUCAUGCUGAUAACAAGAAUGUUGUGGAGGUGUCUAAGAUUGCAGGAGAGGAAUGGAAGAAAAUGAGUGAGGAACAGAAGAAGCCUUAUGAAGAGAUUGUGAAGAAACAAAAGGAGGAGUACUUUCAUGAAAUGGAGCUUUACAAUCAGAAGAAGGCAGAAGAAGCUGAAAUUUUGAGGUUGGAAGAGGAUGAACAGAUGAAAAUUCAUAAGCAGGAAGCUCUCCAGAUGCUUAAGAAGAAGGAGAAAACUGAAAACAUAAUCAAGAAAACUAAGGAGACCCAGCAGAAGAAAAAGAAGCUGAAGGGUGAAAGCAGUGUUGUAGACCCUAACAAGCCAAAGAGGCCUGCUUCCUCAUUCCUUCUAUUCAGCAAAGAGGCAAGGAAGAACUUGGUCCAGGACAGGGAAGGGAUCAGCAAUGCAACUAUCAAUGCAUUGAUUUCAGUGAAAUGGAAGGAAAUGGCUGAAGAAGAUAAGAAGAUAUGGAAUGACCAAGCAGCAGAGACCAUGGAAGCAUACAAAAAGGAAUUGGAAGAGUACAACAAGUCUGUUGCAGCAGCUAACAGUUCACAGAAUUGAGGAGCAAAAAAUUCAGACCUUGUUCAAGUUGUUUUAGUUGAACAGUGAGAAGAGAGGGUUAUGUGUAGGUUAAAUCUUUUAUGUUUUCAUUCAAUUGUUUGCUUUGGAUUUCAUUGUUGCAAAAACUUAGUUGAAGUUGUCAAUUGAAUAAAAGGCUAUUAUUACA